CCAGGGGCUUCACACCGGGAGCCGCGGGAGCUGCAGGCCUUACCGGGAGAGACGCUGCACGUGGAGCCCGCGCCACUGCGCUUCCCAGCCGGCUCGGGAGCGCGGGCGGGGCCGACAGGGCCGGCCGACUCCGGAGCGGCUCUUGCAGGACUGAACGUUUGAAAUAGUUCAACCAUGACUAAAAGAGAAGCAGAGGAGCUGAUAGAAAUUGAGAUUGAUGGAACAGAGAAACCAGAGUGCACAGAGGAAAGCAUUGUAGAGCAGACCUAUGCCCCAGCUGAAUGUGUAAGCCAGGCUAUAGACAUCAAUGAACCAAUAGGCAAUCUAAAGAAGCUGCUGGAACCAAGACUACAGUGUUCUUUGGAUGCCCAUGAAAUCUGCCUACAAGAUAUCCAGCUGGAUCCAGAACGAAGUUUGUUUGAUCAAGGAGUAAAGACAGAUGGAACUGUACAGCUUAGUGUACAGGUAAUUUCUUACCAAGGAAUCGAACCCAAACUAAACAUCCUUGAAAUUGUUAAACCUGCGGAAACAGUUGAAGUAGUUAUUGAUCCCGAUGCCCACCAUGCUGAAGCAGAAGCACAUCUUGUUGAGGAAGCUCAAGUGAUAACCCUCGAUGGCACAAAACACAUCACAACCAUUUCAGAUGAGACCUCAGAACAAGUGACAAGAUGGGCUGCUGCCCUGGAAGGUUAUAGGAAAGAGCAAGAACGCCUCGGGAUACCUUAUGAUCCUAUACAGUGGUCCACAGACCAAGUCCUGCAUUGGGUGGUGUGGGUAAUGAAGGAAUUUAGUAUGACUGAUAUAGACCUCACCACGCUCAACAUUUCAGGCCGAGAGUUAUGUAGUCUCAACCAAGAAGAUUUUUUUCAGCGGGUCCCUCGAGGAGAAAUUCUUUGGAGUCAUCUGGAACUUCUUCGAAAAUAUGUGUUGGCAAGCCAAGAACAGCAGAUGAAUGAGAUAGUUACAAUUGAUCAACCUGUGCAAAUUAUUCCAGCAUCAGUACAAUCUGCUGCACCAACCACAAUUAAAGUCAUCAAUGGUAGUGCUAAGGCCGCCAAAGUACAAAGAGCUCCAAGGAUUUCUGGGGAAGAUAGAAGUUCACCUGGAAAUAGAACAGGAAACAAUGGCCAAAUCCAGCUUUGGCAGUUUUUGUUAGAACUUCUUACUGAUAAGGAUGCUCGAGACUGCAUUUCUUGGGUUGGUGAUGAAGGCGAAUUUAAACUCAAUCAGCCGGAACUGGUGGCACAGAAAUGGGGACAACGGAAAAAUAAGCCUACAAUGAACUAUGAGAAGCUCAGUCGCGCGUUGAGGUAUUAUUAUGAUGGGGACAUGAUUUGUAAAGUUCAAGGCAAGAGGUUUGUCUACAAGUUUGUCUGUGAUUUGAAGACUCUUAUUGGCUACAGUGCUGCAGAGUUGAACCGCUUGGUCACAGAAUGUGAACAGAAGAAACGGGCAAAAAUGCAGCUCCACGGAAUUGCCCAGCCAGUCACAGCAGUUGCCCUGGCUACUGCUUCUCUGCAAGCAGAAAAGGAUAAUUGAACUCUGGACCUUUUGGGAGUUAGGAGUCUUUCUUAAACAUCAGAGCAAGUAUUGCUCUACUCUUUAUUACUAAAUUUGAAUCUUUUAUUUCUAGACUGUACAAUCGGAUGCAUGAUUUUUUUAUAAAUAUUUCUUACUCUUGUGAAUUUGGAUCUUUUUACUUUGAGUAUAUAUUUUAGAAUAUGUGCUGUUAAAGGAGUACCACAAUGCCUUCAGCGUGAAGGCAGGUUAAUUGUGGGAUAGUUUGUUAAGUCAGAAAAGCUAAACUGGUCAGUAUUAAUGUCUAGCCCUACCAAAAAUAGCCAGUAGCAUCUGAGGAUGAAAAAUAAAUGAAGUGUCUCCAGAAAAGAGUCUGGCUUAGUUAGCUAUUUUUGAAAAUUUAACUUUCCCCCCUCUCUGCUGCUUUAGAUGCUGCUUCUCAUAGAACCAGAAAAAUGGAAUUUUUCACAGCUAAAGCAUGUGUGCCUGUCUCAUCUAAUCAAGCAGAGCUAAAAUAUUCAUAGAAAAUAAAAUGAUAAUAUUAAUUGCUGAACUAAGAGUAUCAAGUUAUUAAAGUAAUUUAUAUGUUUGCAAGCAAGGCCAAUAAGGAGUUGAAUGGCAGGAAAACAGUGCUGAAGAGGGAGAUCCGGGUUUAAAUUCAGCUUAGUAUAAGCCUAGCUUAAGGAUUUUUCUGUAUAAACUUCCUCAUAAUGUCAGACCAAGUAUUUAAAUUAUUUUAAGAGAAGCAUUUAAUAAACCAGCUAUUAGAAAAAUUCUGAAUUGAUCUCUGUUUUUCCUAUCAGAGAUUUAAAAAAAAAAGAUAUAUAUAUACCUCGAGCUAGAAAAUAAAGGUUUAGUUUGGUUUGAUAUGGCUGCUUUUAUUUUUUUUCUCUUUUAGUAUACCUUAUAAUACCUUCUAGUGCUGGACUAUUAUUCAAAGCAUUGGGUUUCUGUUAAAAGAAAGACCUUAAAUCAGUCAGAAAUAGUUUACUUUUCGAGAUGUUAGAAAGUCACUUCCAAGUAUUUCUAAAAAGAACAUUUCGACCUCCAGUAAAGACAGUCUCCUAACACUUUUGCACUUAUUUAUUUUCCUUUUGAAUAUUAUAUGUGUGUGUGAGUGUCAAUACUGUACACAUGUCUAACUGACCAUUGCUUACACACACACACACACACACACACACACACACACACACACACACACACACACACACACACACGGGGACAUGAUACUCAAAAGGAAAAAUAUUUCAAAAAGUUCUUAAUUCCUAUGAAUAUGAAACUCUUUUCUUACCACAAGCAAACACUAAACAAAAAUGGCUAGAAAGCUCUUGCUUGAUUGCUUAUUUACUUUAUCCUUCUUUGUUUUUUCCUCGUUUAAGGUAUUAUGUACAAAUUAUGAUUUGAGAUACUGGCAAAUAACUUCUGAUUCUCUUGUAGCAAGAGAUGGGUUCUCUCAAAUACUCGUGCACAUUCUUUCUCUUACCUCCUUUAAAUCCAUCCACCUCCCAAAACAGCUUUAUAAGAGCUCAGUUAAUACUUUUUACCAAAUACAAGAAAAGGCCAUUGUCAUACAGUCUACAUUGUAAGAUUGGCAGUUGGUGCUAUGAUACUAAAUAGUGGUUUGGAAUGAACCAGAAAAGUUAGAGAACUUAGGAACAGGGAGAGAGGAGGCAACUAAGCAUUCCUUUCUUAGUAACCUCAGAUCUUAAUCUUAAGUGCUUUGUUAUAGGAUUACUAUGUUUCAUAUCAGUUCAUUUAUAUAUAUUAAGUUCUUUAAGACCCUGUAGUAGAUAUCUAAAAAUAAUAAAGUUUACAAAUUCAAUUUUUACUUUUUAUAAAUAAAAUUAACUAGUAGUAUAAUUUGGGUGUUGUGAUUGCAAGAAUAUCUGAGUAGGAGAGCAAUAUGAAGUAAUAUGUAGAAAUUCUGCUUUAGAUAGUUGAGAACAUGUUUGCACCAUCCACUUAAUGGCCUGGAAGGUUAAUAAGUUAGUUACAGCUUUUGAAAAUAGAUAUUCUCUUCAGGUAUAUUAUCAAGUGCUUAAAAUCUUACAGUUAGAUUUAAAAUUGUUUGGAGGGGACACUGUUAAAAGUUUUAGCCAAGGUAACAGAUUUUGCGUGUGUGCGUGCAUGCGUGCGUACGUAUGGUGUGUGUGUGUGUGUGUGUGUGUGUGUAGAAAGAACACACAUUACAGAUUUCUAGUAAAGAGCUGUUACUACUCCCCCCCCCAUUCUUUGGAUAUUUAUAAACAACUUCAGUCUUUUUUGUUUUUAUCCCUCAUUAUAAUUUGAUCAGAUUUGUUCUGGUUUAAGUAAUGGAUUUUCUAUAAGGGAAAUGCUAUUUUCAGAAAAAGAUAAAACUCUUGGUCAUCUUUGUACCUUAUAUAAGAAUAAGAUUUUUGACUUUUGUUUUAAAACUCAUUUCCUAUCUGAGAUUCUCAUUGAAUCUGCAUUGGUAUAUAUCAUGCUAGCCUGACGUUUGGAAAUGUGUAUUAGAAUUAGAAAAUUAAACACGUUGGGCCGAAUAACUGUGUGGUUCAUCUUCCCAUGAAUCAGCUCUUCACAUUCAUUUCUGUGUCAAUCCAUGUCGAUUAAGAAGUUACCCAUUUUGGGGAGUCGGGGAGUAGCGCAGCAGGUUAAGUGCAGGUGGCGCAAAGCACAAGGACCGGCAUAAGGAUCCCGGUUCCCGGUUCAAGCCCUGGCUCCCCACCUGCAAGGGAGUCGCUUCACAGGCGGUGAAGCAGAUCUGCAGGUGUCUGUCUUCCUCUCCCUCUCUCUGUCUUCCCCUCCACUCUCCAUUUCUCUCUGUCCUAUCUAACAACAAUGACAUCAAUAACAACAAUAAUAAUAACUACAAUAACAAUAAAAUAAAAGAAGUAGCCCAUUUUUCUCCCCUGAUUCAUGGUGAAACCCAAGUCUGACAUUUCUUUAACAUGUUGUUCUUUGAAAUAUUUUUGGUGAGGUCUGCCAUCUUCACAUAUUUCAUGCUACUGCCUUUUAAAAAGAAUUAGUGUAUCUUUGAAAUAGCACAAAAAUUCAUAAUUGUAAGCCAACUUGUAACUACAUGUCUUCAGAUCUAGAGGGUGUAAAAAUAUUGAUAUUUCAGUGAUAUUUCACUUGCUGCCAGAAAAAAAUCUGUCUUUUGUAAAAGGGAGAAGGAAUUUUGCAUACAUUUUUACUCUUUAAAUAAAGACACAUAUACUGUCAUAGUAACAAUUAAUGUAUUUCUUUGUGGUUUUUAUUUUUUUGUAAUUUUACAUAAAACAAUUAUUUUCUAUUUUUACUCAGAUAAAAGUAUUUGUGCAUAAAAUGUAAAAAUAAUAGUAAAAUGAGAAUAAAACUAUUAUACAGUU